UCAAAGGCAUACGACUAUCGGUCGUUCGUUCAGUGAAAGAAUCUGGAUAUUAUCAGAAUUGUUUUUGUGUAGUUGCUAAGUGCUUUCUGUGUAGAAAAAUCGAGAAUAUCGUGAUAGAUAUGGAGGUGGAAAGCGCCAACUGCAAGGUCCGCGUCUCCCAGUGCGACGACAUCGACAUGCUAGCUGUCGAACGACCCUUGAAGAUUGACUUAGAGAUAAACGGCUUGGAAAUGUUAGUCCAAGAACUGCACAAAGUGUUCGCGAGGGACCACGUGAAUGUUCAAGAUGUGCAAAAAUUGAUGUCGGCUUACAAAUCCCAGCCCAAGGAUUGGAAGAAAUACGCAAAAUUUGAUAGAUUCCGGUAUACUAGGAAUUUAGUCGACGCUGGAAAUGGUGCUUUUAAUAUAAUGGUCCUGUGUUGGGGUCCAGGCCAUGCUUCUGCCAUACACGAUCAUGCAGACUCACAUUGCUUUAUGAAAAUUCUAAGCGGCAGUUUGGAGGAAGUAAGAUACGAGUGGCCCAACAAUGUCGAACCGGAGGUAUUAAAAAAAUUAAAAACAAAGAAUUCAUGUUGUUCUGGCAACGAAAAUGCGACAGAGGAUCGGACGAGCAAUUUAAUUAACAACUGUCAGAAUGACACUUGUCCUAAUUUCCGCGGGAAAAGUGACAGCUCGGAACAUUGCGAACAAGAUGGCGACCACGAUUAUGACGCUAACAAAAUGGAGGAAAUAGGAAGAACGGCGUUAGAAGUUAACGAUGUCUGUUAUAUUAAUGAUGCAUUAGGGUUGCAUCGUAUGGAAAAUCCUUCAUACGUAGACGGUGCUGUGUCUCUACACCUGUACUGUCCACCCUUCGAUAGUUGCAGGAUGUUCGACGCGAGGACAGGGAAACCUACAGAUAUAAAAGUGACCUUCUGGUCUAUGUAUGGAAAGAAAAUUAAACGAGUAAUCGAAGCCAAUGAUGUUGUAGAUAGUCAAGAAUAGUUUUUUUAUAGUCGUAUGUAAUUUUUUUUAUCAAUUUUUAUUAAGUUCGAUACCGGUGGAAAAAUAUAUCCAUUGAACCCUAUAGGAGUAAAUGACCAAAUUAAAAGACUUAAAUCGUAAUAUAAUUAUUUAAGAGGUUUAUGGUAAUUAUUAUUAGAUUUUGUUUGUAGU